GCGGCGGGAACCCGAGCGGCCGGCUGGGCCCCCGCCCCUCCAUCCCUUCCUAAGCCCCUGUCCGCAGAGAAGCGCUCGGAGUCCCCGGACUGUGUCCCAGUUGCCCUUCCGAACGGCAAGCCUCAGUUUCUCGGUCCGCGCCGCAGGCUGGGGAGAUCCUGGAGUCAUGUUCGGGUGGUUCUCGCGGUCUUCGGAGGUCGCUCCCGCGCCCCGCCUGGCCUCACGGCGGCCGAUAUUGUUCUGCACUUUUUAGGUGGCACUUGGACUCUCGCUCCGGGAGGGGACCGGUCCGCAGUCUCCAGCCGCAGAUCCGUGGACCCUCUUCUCAGACGCUUCGCUCAGCCUUAGGAUCUGCUAACCUGCCUGCCCAGAAGCCAGAUCCAGUUCCACCAGGGCGUCCAGAACCCCCAGAAGACAGAGGAGGAGAUUUCUGAGACGGAGCCGUUCCACUCCCUGGACCCCUUUGUUCAAUGUUGGCUGGACUGGACUAGGUCUGUCCUGUCAGCUCCUUGUGUAUCUGCCCCUGGGUGAUGUCUCUACUUUGGCCCCCUUCCCCAUCUUGGCUCCCUGUGACCUCUGUCCUCUGGGCUGGAAUUUAAGGAUGGCUGCAUGGAGGAAGCAGCCACUUUGAUCAUUUAGUAUGAGUUGGAUGGCAGAGAAAGACGCUUCCCUUGGGCUUACCACCAGCCUUGGCCAGCUAGGAAGAUGCAGUGACCUAGCUGCUUUCCCGUUCUGAGCGGGGAGAAGGAGCACAGAGAACCAGAAGAGGAGGCCCUGCCAUGCGUGAUGGGAGGAGAAUCCUCAGGGCAUUGACCACUCCCGCCUCUUCACACAUAGGUGUGAGGCUAGAGGAGGCUGCUUCUGGGACCAGGACAGUCUGGCAAGGUUUGCUGGCUGUGCUCAGGGUCCGGCCGAUGUGCUAGGGUCUGUCUACCAGAUCAUUGUGCCUGUCCCGUACUUGGCCUUGGAAAUAACAUGGAGAUUUUAUUUCCUAAAGCUAGGACACAGUGGGCACAAUAGAAGAGUUUUUAAAGUGCAUGUCUCCGAGGAAAAGUUGAACACCAGAAGUAUCAUGGAUACAGUCCUCUGAGCGACCACACUCUUCAUAAAGCUGCAACAAUGAAUGUACUUGGAAUUGGUGUGGAUGGAUGAACAGAGGAGAAUAGAGAACUUUGAAAUAAAGCCAAAUAAAUGAAGGAAUUUGGUUCAUGCUAAAGGUGCCUGCACCCCCAGCCAGUAUGGCAGCCAACCCACUCCCACCGCCGGACCCCCAGUUUGUCCUCCGCGGUACCCAGUCGGCGGUGCAUGCACUGCAUUUCUUCAGAGGAGCCCAAGGACAGGGGCGCCCACUCCUCCUCUCAGGGUCCCUGAGCGGGCUGGUGCACAUCUGGAGCCUACAGACGCGGAGGACAGUUGCAACCCUGGAUGGCCACGGGGGCCAGUGUGUGACCUGGCUGCAGACAUUGCCCCAAGGGCACCAGCUGCUCAGUCAGGGCCGGGACCUGAAGCUGCGCCUGUGGGACCUGGCAGAGGGCAGGAACACCAUCGUGGACUCUGUGGCCCUGGAGAGCAUGGGCUUCUGCAGGAGCUCCGUCCUCGCUGGGGCUCAGGAGCGCUGGAUGCUGGCUGUGCCGGGGAGAGGUAGUGACGAGGUUCAGAUUCUGGAGAUGCCAUCCAAGACGUCAGUGUGCACCCUGAAGCCGAAGGCCGAUGCCAAGCCAGGCAUGCCCAUGUGCCUGGAGCUGUGGCAGGCCGACUCCAGUCCCCGCCCACUCCUCCUGGCCGGCUAUGAGGACGGAUCGGUGGCCCUGUGGGACGUCUCUGAGCGGAAGGUGUGCAGCCGCGUCGCCUGCCACACGGAGCCCGUCAUGGGCUUUGACUUUGACUCCCAGAAGGCCAGGGGCGUCUCGGGCUCCGCGGAGAAGGCGCUGGCUGUCUGGAGCCUGGAUGAGCAGCAGGCCCUGCAGGUGUGCAGAACUCAUGAACUCACGAAUCCUGGGAUCGCUGAUGUCAAGAUCCGGCCAGACCGCAAGAUCCUGGCCACUGCGGGCUGGGACCACCGGGUCCGAGUGUUUCACUGGCGGACGAUGAAGCCACUGGCCGUACUAUCCUUCCACAGUGCCACCGUCCACUGUGUGGCCUUUGCCGCAGAUGGCUUGCUGGCCGCAGGAUCUGGGGAUCAGCGGAUCAGCAUCUGGUCCCUCUACCCGACCCACAGUGACAUGUCUGCUCCCUUGUUGGGCCACGCAGAGGGCAGGGAGGUGGGGGCCCAUGCUGUGGCCUGACCCAGGCAUGUGGAACCUCAGGACCCCUGCAACAGCCAGCCGCAGUUCCCCUCCUCCAGUUACAAGAGGUACUUGGUCUGUGGGGUCUUUGUUUUCCGCUCAAGGUGCGUGUUUCCUUUUGUGAAAUACAGCACCUAUACGACAGUGACUCUACAGCUUACAAGAGUAACUGGGCCAGACGCCUGGGCAGCUGUGGCCCAGGUGAGAGACCAACCUGGGCCUGCUUUACAAUAAACCUCUAGAUGCAAA